CUUCACUCCCACCUUGUCUGGAGUCUUCGUCUCAACCAUCGAAGCGCCUGUCGCUCACUUUCGCAGCAAUUCGCUGUCUUUGCUUCUCCUCACUCAUUUGACCUGCUCAGCCUGCGACAAAGGUGCACUCACGCCGUCCCACACCAUCUUUAGCACUCGCCGUCGGCCAUACCUCGACAUUCCUUGCACCACCCAUACUACUUGCGCAGACUGUGUCCGCUGCACACCACUCACUCCCUUGCCAUAACCCCGAUUCCACUGGACCUCCUCUGGUAGCUCUUGCAUCGACUAGUUUGAACGACCAACCAUCGCUAUCCGAAGCCUUCGACGUAUCCGCAGACUGUGCCUCGAGACGCGCCAGGGCUCAUCUCUUACCAUCGACCCUCCCAUCACAUCGAGAGACGACAUCAUCAACGACCAAAAGCAAAUUCGAGCCCCAAGUCAACCAUCUCAGCUAUUAACGACUGCCGUGAAGGACGUUGAAGAUCUUCGUGAUCGCUCGCGACUGCCGACACUAACAAACGUCGAUCGUCAACGGGAAACAGCAGUAACGACUCGUCCACAACACUUGCACCACUCGACCAUGUCGCUUGCUCGUGCCUUCACCAUAAGGCUGAGGGAUGAUCCCCGGCCGAAUAUUCACAUCGGUCGCGCGGCCAGUCAACGUGCUGGCAGACCCGUUCGUCUGGCCCAAAUCUCAUCGCCUGUGGCCUUGGUCUCCUCGUCCAACGCUCUUUCUUUCGAUGCACCGGACAUCGUUGGCACCAAACGCAUUCAAUAUCGCGAGACAUCAGCUUCAUCGACGUCCAACAAUGGCGACGACACCGGAACAAACCAUCUCACCUGCUUCUUCAAGCCUGCUGUCGAUACCAAGACUUCUAUCCACACGCCAAGCUCAUCCGUACAUUCCUCCUUCGAUGCGCCAAGAAUACCGCAGCGGGUACCAUCGCACUCAAAGAAGGCGCAUGAGUUUGUGCAUCGCAAGCGCUCCGUCCAGCGACUGAUAUCUCCACCAACAAGCAUGGUUCGCGACUCCACGGACAUGUUUGCCGGCUACAUUCCACCGGUGGAAGCGCCAAAGGAGAGCCCAUUUGGCAAUGAGCUUGCACAAUUGGACGAAGUGGUCGAGGAGCUGAGCCUUGCUGUGAGAGAUGCCGAAGCCGAAGAAGACCUUGCUUACAUGAAAGCGAACGGACUGGCUGCUUUCAGUGCCGAGGACUACCUCAGCGAGAUCCACAGCGCCAUCUGCGAAUGCUUCCGCGCCGAGGAAACAGUCUGGAUAUAGGCGGCUAGCUCUGCCCCCUCAUGCUGGCGUUAGCAAUCGAACCCUGUCGAUCAGGAAAUCGAUAGGGUUGCAGAUGCGAUGAAUCUCAAAGCUUGAACGACCAUUUGACCGAGCUUGUCAGCCAACGCGGAGAACACAUCAUACGCAGACCGCCCGCAUGCACGCUCUCUUCAUGCCCAUUUCUUGCACUGUCUGACUCCAAGUCUUUCCUUGCGUUUAUAUCUCAGGCAGAUUCUUUCACGACUAGACUCACGACCCUUGGGCGGGUGUGCUUCUUGGAAGAUCUGCCGUCCACUCAUUUGAGAAGGGAACUUACGAUUUUAUGGUUGACUGAAAAGGGGAUACAUUCGGCGUUACGACCUGUCUAUCCUUGACAGUACUGUGCUUUGGCAGGUCCUCGAUUGUCGGACUCCUUUUCCCUUUUAUAUCUACUCUGAAUAUCAUCUUGGUCGUUGCUUUUUGAGCUACAUAUCUCGUAGGAUCUCUAGGCAGUUGUACAUGGAAUCGUUGGCUCGAAAAGCUGCACAAAUCUUGACUGAGAUCGUG